UGAAAAUUUUGUAGUUCAAACGUUCAAACAAUUUUUGAAUGGAAAACGCAGAUGAUGCAUAAUAAGUAAUAACGCUUUUGAGCGUAAUUGAAUUGAUUUAUUUCUUGGUUUACUUAUAUUAAGUAAUUAAGUAUUAUUACAUCUACAAUAUAUUUUUCAUUUUGGGGUAACUCACAUAUGUCCAAUAUAAAUUGAAAAAAAUCCCGGCUAUUUUCAAUUCAUUGCAAAUCUGGAUGAAAAUAACGAAAAUAUGAUUUCGGCAGCGAAUUCGGAGGAAUUCGUCCCUAGUGGACGUCAAGUUGUUGAAGAUCACCCUGGCCCAUACAAAAAAUUGGUUUUAGGAGAUCAUUAUGAAGAACUAACAAAGUGUAGAAUUGAACAGGAUGUAUAUGAAAUAUAUAGAAAGAGCAAUCUUCAAGAAGUUCUUGGGGAAGGAUCUAAUCAAUCUUGUAGUGUUGCAAGCACUCCACCUGAUUUUUUUGGAGGAAGUGAUAACCUUAUAUACUCAGAUCUGGAAUCCUGUGAUGAUAAUUCUAAAAAUGAUAAAAAAAUGCCAAUCAAAGGGGAAAAAGUAGAAAAUAAGAUAUUAGAUAUGCUUGCUAUGAUAACAUUAAAAGAUAAAAUGAACAGUGAACAGGAAUACUGGAUAUUCCGAAAUCCUAGUUUGUAUGAUACAUCUGGAUCAAACAGUUUACCAUCAAAUAUUUUAAGAAAUUAUUAUCAGCAAAAUGUUAGUAAGUCCUUUUAUGGAGAUUCCCUAAACUUCAGAAUGAGUAGUAUUUCCAAUAGAUUAAAAAGUAGAUUUUCCACUGGUAGUGAUAAUUCAUCAAGCAGUUUGAAAGGCAGUCCCUCAUUGAAUGAAAAGUCACAAAAAUCUUUUUUGGGUGUUGAAGGAGCCUUUAAAAAUAAAUCCAUCAAAUUGAAUACAAGACUCAAAUCUGGAUGUGUAGAAGACGAACUAUAUGUAAAGGGACAAACUGUAGUAUGGUCCAGAAGUAUUGUGAACACAUAUGGUUCUUUAUCAGAAUCAUUGAAAAAGACUAUUUGUUCUUACACCUGCGAAGAUCAAAUCGUAUGUACCUUAUGGUGUACUUUUAGAUCUGAGAGACCUACUUAUAAUAAUUCAUUGAAUGGAAAUAAUUCUCACUUCAAAAGUAUAGAAGUGCCAUGUAUUUGUGUUGUAAGCAAUCAAACAAUAAAAGUGUUUGCUGAAUCUGGCGAAGAUUUUGAAAUAGCUGUUCCGUUUCUUAUAGACACUGUCUGGAGUGCUGAAUUUGGUAUAAUAAUUUGUAGAAAAGUUACAGAUGGCGAUUCCAAAGAUGUACCAAUAGGAGCAAAAUCCAUUUUAUAUUCUCUAGCUCAUCCCCUUGAUGACAUUUAUCCAAUUGUGCUUAGUAAAGGUUCAUACUCACAAAUAUUGAGUAAUCCUAAAGUUAAAAUGAUUUUUACUAGUGAAUCUCCAAGUUUGUGUGUCCUGUACGACACUGAUCUCAAACAACACUUUGCAUAUAGGAUAAGGAAGUGUCGGCCUGAAGAAAAGGAUUUUUAUGAAAAAAGUCUAGGAUUGAAUUCAUCUUCGACGGUCAACAAUUCUUUGAAGUUAAGAAACCGUUUAUCUAUGUGGGAUAAUGCUUUGGGAAAUCCACCAACCAUAUUGAACUCUAUAGGAAGAAUAAAUAGUUUCUCCAAUCUUCAUCAGAAUUCAAAAACACAUAGUUCUAUGGCUGCAGCAAGUCGCUGUCAAUCUACAUUUGGAUCAACAGUUAGUAGUUAUGAUAUGCAUCAACCUUCAAAUACCUUCAAUCACGAUAAAGCUAUGUCGUUGGAUAUGUCUAGAUCUUUACUACCUAUAAAACAAUUUCCGGCCAUAUGUUUAGAACAUGUGUGGACUGAACCAUUAGUAGGGGGCAAUUAUUAUUUGGCAGCUUAUCUCAGGGAUUCUCAGAAUGCACCAGCUUCGAAAGUGUUUGUUUGUGAUGAUUUAGCAGGUCAAACAUAUUUUUGUUAUGUAUCCCAAUUGAGAUUAUUUAUGGUGAAAGCUGACUUUUCAAAUUCAACAGUUUUUUCAUUUGGACCAUCAACUAGUAUAAGCGCCAAAGAUGCAGUGCCAAUACCACAUUUGCAUAUGUUGGCCAUUUUGGAACAUUCAGGAAAUGUAAGUCUAUACUCUGGUAUGACUUUAGUUGGAAAGUUACAUCUCGAUGGUACCUUAGUAAAACAUACUCCUACUCCUUAUAUUCGAAGAUUUCAAUCGCAGCUGAAUUCCUCAUUCCCAAGGAGAAGCAGUUUGUUGCCUCAUUGUCAACAAUCCAUUCCAGAAUUCGAUGAUCAAAUGUUUUCUCCAGUGUUGCCAUCUGACCGACAAAAUAUGUUCCAAGUUUCUAUGCCAUCUCAUGAUACUGUGUCCGUAGUUGGUCUGAGAGAUCCUCUAGAAAAUCGAAUCACUCUGAUAUAUUCUGAUAAAACAUUUUAUAGAGUAAAAUUACCUCUUCUUGCUACUUCUCCUCUAGUAGAACUUUGUCUGAAUACACUACGGCAGUGUCUUCAGAGAGAUGCAGUAUUGACUCUUUUUACAAGAUGGUAUUCUACCAGGAAUGGUUUAGGUACACAAGAUUGUACCGAUCAACAAGAGUGGGAUAUGUUUACUUCCUUAUUAUUGGAGUUACUUGGUUAUGAAGAGGAACAAAAUGAUUCAUCAAAGGAUGAUCCCCAAACACCUUCCAUGGCUGCUAAGAAAGCAAGGCCGUCAUUCUUUGGAAAUGAUGAUGAUUGGGCUUAUUUAAUUAAUUCAGGAUAUAACAAAGAAACUGCUAAACACCUGAGCACCUUAUUAAAAUUUCAUGAUAAUGACGACCCUGUCUCAUCCAAUGAUGCUCCCGAACAAAUCAGAAUCAAUACGAAUGCUGUUCUUUUUCCAUAUAUUAAAUUAAUUCAUUUCUCUCUCCAUCUUCUCUAUGAAGAUUUCAAGUUGGACAAACUCCUUACCUGUUUACUAAGACCAUUAGCCAUUUUCUUGAAUAAUAUUAGUAACGAUAUGAGUAUGUUCGAAUUUUCUCUGCAUUACUGGAAAGAUUUUCCUGAAUGGUGUACAGUUGGUCCAGGUAACAGAAGAUUUUUAAAUGAAAGUAAACAGUAUAAUUUACACAAUGUUGGUUAUGAGGGAGUUGUAAAUAUAAUGCAAUAUUUGAGUUACCUAAUGAGGGGAAAUUGUGUUCCUGAAUUUCCUUAUCUGAAAAAUGUGAAUGAGAGAUCUAGGGAUACUGUUCAGCUCUGUGCUAUUCUAUCUGGGAAAAUAUAUAACCUUCACAAACAAGAAAAUUUGAUCAAACCAUUGAAUGAGAUCAGCAAUGAUAUACCUUUUAACGACACUGUAUGCAACACUAUGGAAGAGGUAGUUUUGUUGAUGACUCAAAUGGAUAUUACAAAUGAGGUCCUCAAUAGUCUUCCGUAUGGUUUAUAUCUUUUCUUUUAUGAUGCUCUAUGGAAAUGUAGAGAAAAUCCUCCAUCAAAUUGGCCUACUGAAGCUUAUUUGUUGAUACAAAGAGAGGAUUUAGCUUACAUAUCGAAAGUAUCUGAAAAGGUUUCUAAGGAACCUUCUAUGAUUGACUCAAUAGCAUCUGCUGUGGAAGUGAGCAUUCCGAAUGGUCCUGUACUUGCACAUAAUGAUGGAAUGGUUGAUAUCGACACCGAUAUUACCAACCUCAUUUUCCCAGAUGAUAUGAGAAUUGAAGAGACUAAAAAUAUGUUGCAAAGCUCUAAACCUGUUGAAAUUGCAAUUAUUCAGAGGCCAGACAUUUCUGAUCAUGAUUUCAUUGAGGAACAGGAAAAACAUUUAUUUGCUGUUUGUACCAGAACAAUGGCACUCUCAGUAGGAAGAGGAAUGUUUGGUCUCCAAACUACAGUUCCUGUAAUGAUCAAACCUGUUCAUACGCCUCAGUUAUGUUUAACUGGCAGGGGAGCCCCUAGAGGGACUACUAUUGAAUUGACACAUAUAGAUGCACCGUCUAAUAUGAAUUUAUGGCCCCUUUUUCAUAAUGGCGUUGCAACAGGCCUAACAAUUUCAGCAAAUUCCAAUAUUAUAGAUAGUUAUUGGCUUGUCUUCAAUAAACCUAAAAACAGUGAUAAAGACAUGGAAUAUGGUGGAUUCUUAUUAGCCAUGGGCUUACAUGGAUAUCUCAAAAGUUUAGAUGUAUGGAAUAUUUAUCAACAUUUGAGUAAAAAACAUGAAAUGAUCACGGUUGGUCUCCUUUUAGGUUUUGCAAGUGCACAUAGGGGUACUUGUCAUACUGCUGUUACUAAAAUGCUUAGUAUUCAUCUUGAGGCACUUCUACCACCAACUUCAAUGGAGCUGGAUCUUACACAUGCUCCGCAAGUGACAGCUUUGCUUGGUAUUGGCCUUCUUUACCAAGGAACUGCACAUUCACACAUGGCAGAAGUUCUUUUGUCCGAAAUUGGUAGACCUCCUGGACCAGAAAUGGAAAACAGUACAGACAGAGAGUCUUAUGCCCUAGCAGCAGGAUUGGGUCUUGGGUUAGUUAUGCUACAAAAAGGAGGUAAAUCAAGCUCACAAGAUAUGAAUAUUUCUGAUAUGUUGCACUACUAUAUGAAAGGCGGAAUCAAGAGACCAUUUACUGGAGCUCAAAAAGAUAAAUAUAAAGUUCCUUCAUUUCAAAUUCGAGAAGGUGCCUCUGUGAAUUUGGAUGUGACAGCACCCGGUGCUACCCUAGCUCUGGGUCUUAUGUACUUGGGUUCUAUGAACAAAACAAUAGCUGAUUGGAUGUCACCACCAGAAACACAAUACUUAUUAGAUUUCAUCCGACCUGAUUUCCUCAUGUUGAGGAUAAUUUCAAAAUCGCUAAUAUUAUGGAAUGACAUCAAGCCAUCUAGAGAUUGGCUUGAGAAUCAGGUUCCCAAAAAUAUUAGACCUUAUUGUAUGGUCCAACCUGCUGCAUCAUGGGGAGACGUUGAUUAUGAAGCUAUGAAUCAAGCAUAUUGUAAUAUAAUAGCAGGAGCAUGUUUUUCGAUGGGAUUAAGAUAUGCAGGAACUGCUAAUGAGGAAGCUUUCAGAGCACUACUACAUUUCUGCCAUAUGUUCAUUUCUCUGACAGGAAAGUCUAUUUCAGAUUUAGCAGGAAAAACUACCAUUGAAACUUGUCUCAAUGUCAUGUUAUUAUCAAUUUCUAUGGUAAUGGCAGGAACAGGAAACUUAGAUGUUAUGAAACUUAUUCGUCAUUUGAGAAAGAGAGUUGGUGUAUCUAGCAGCGCUAUUGUCACUUAUGGGUCUCAUUUGGCAAUUCACAUGGCAUUGGGCCUACUGUUCCUUGGAGGUGGAAAGUUCACCUUAUCCAAUUCACCUGCUAGUGUUGCAGCUUUGAUUUGCGCAUUUUAUCCAAAAUUCCCCACUCACAGUAAUGAUAACAGAUAUCAUCUUCAAGCAUUUCGUCACUUAUAUGUAUUGGCUGUGGAAUCAAGACUGAUUAUACCUAGAAACCUGAAUACAGGAAAAAGUUGUUAUGCUAAGUUGAAAGUAAAACAAAUAGAUGGAACAGUUUUUGAUAUGAAGGCUCCAGCAACUUUACCUAAUUUAAAUAAUCUUCUUGAAGUAACUAUUGAUGAUGAAAGAUAUUGGAAAAUUAUAUUCAAGAAAGACCUCAAUUGGAAAACUUUAGAGGAUAUAGUGUCAUCAGAUGGUAUUAUAGAAGUGAAGCAGAGAGCUGGUUCUCAGAGUUAUAUUGACGAUAGACAUGGUCAUCACAAUCAACUGGCUAACGUUCUAUGUCACUUCAGGAUGAGUCAAUGGACCCCAUCCUUAUAUUCAAUCAAAAACUUCUCACCAAAUGAAAGACUAGAACUUUUCUACAAUCUUUUCUUGGAAAAAAAUGAUUUUGCCUCUGAAGAAAAAGAAAUCGUAAAACUUCUAACCAGAAUUACUUAUGAGGCUGCAAUUCUAGAUAAACUUAUGUUAAUACCUGCUUAUUCAACAGUUGUAAAGAUAAUUCACAACAACUCGUAUUCACCUAAUAAUUUUCAAAUGUGGCAGUUUAAAUUACUUAUGGCUUAUAUUGAGAGUUUUGUUAAAGUUGAUAAUCUUCCAACUUAUUUAAACAAUUCAAUGAGCGAAAAUGUUCAUUCAAAAAUGGAAACUUUGGGACACAAUCUAGGAUAUGAAGUUGAAAAAUAUUUAAGCGGGAGGAUUGAGGAAUUGCAAAAAUCUUUUUCAGAAACUAUUUCAGCUUUUGUGACUUUAUUUGAUGUACCUCCCAAUGUGAGAGAUGGAGAUGGCUAUAAAACAACUUCACUGAUGAACUUUUCACGAAUGCCUCAAUAGUUCAAUGUCAGUUAAGUGCAACUGUCAAAAUUGAUGAUACUUUUGUAAUAAAUUAAAAAGAAAUA